CUCCCGAAAACCCUAAGUUAACACCGAAUGGAGCGGUUGCGACGGGAGCUCGGCAUCUAUGGCGUCGCGGCACAUAAAGGAGUGAGAUAUUCAGUGUUGGUGUAACGCUAAUCUUUCUCACCUUUCUACUCCCACUCGAAAAUUUCUAGGAAACGAAAGCACGGAAGUUGGGACGUGCGGUUGCAGGCGAAGUCAUCGAAUAGGUAUUCAUAGUUUGAUCGUCUUCCAAAGAUGAGACAAGGUUGUUCCAAGGAAAUGCAGAUGAUAGCGCCCCCUUUUGAAUUGCUAGGGCUCCAAUUUGGAUCUCUGGAUAUCAAUGCUCUUAGUUCAGUCAAAGGCUUUGAAUCUGUAUUCAAACAAAAUGCAUCUACUGUUGCAAAAGAUUUUCCAACUGCGACUUUGAGCGAGAAGAAGGGCAAGGAUGAACCAGCUACUGAUCAAGUCACAAAGCAAUCAGUAGAAUUAAAACCCAAUACAACUGCUAAUGGUUGUGUUCCCAUAUGUGGUGAGGAGGUCGUUGAUGAAAGAAUUCAUAAAGGCAUGAAUUCUCCCAAAUUCUUGGAGGAAGAUGCUUGCAGCAGAAAUCCACCUUGUCCAACAGUCCAAGCUAAUGGGCUUGAAAUGUUAAAGAACGGCAAUGAUUUUCUCAGCAAAGCUGCAGUUGUUAAAAAUGCAGGGAAUGUACAGGAGUCAAGCAAUCAUGCGCCUCUAUUUAGGGGUCUACUUCCUCGAGGGCUGAUCAAUUUGGGAAAUUUAUGCUUCCUGAACUCAACAUUGCAGGCGCUUUUGUCAUGUUCCCCCUUUGUUCAGCUUUUGUUGGAUUUGAAAACUAGGAGUAUUCCAAAAGCUGGUUAUCCAACAUUGCAUGCGUUUGUAGAUUUGAUUUCAGAGUUUUGUCUGCCCAACGCUUCAAAUUUGAAGAAUGGACGUGAAGCUAUUGAGGGAGGGAGGCCUUUCAGUCCAAUCAUGUUUGAGACUGUUUUGAAGAAUUUCACCCCAGAUUUUCAGAGUAGCAUGUCUGCCAGGCCUAGGCAAGAGGAUGCUCAGGAGUUUUUAGGUUUUGUGAUGGAUCAAAUGCAUGACGAGUUAUUGAGACUUGGAGGUAAUUUAUCUGGUUCAAAUGGGAAGAAUUUGUCUCUGACUGCUGCUUCUGAUGAUGAUGGCUGGGAAACUAUCGGUCCAAAAAAUAAAUCUGCAAUUACUCGAACACAGAGCCUUAUUCCUUCUGAAUUGAGUGCUAUCUUUGGGGGACAGUUAAGGAGUGUUGUCAAGGCAAGAGGCAACAAAGCUUCAGCUACAGUUCAGCCCUUUCUUCUGCUUCAUCUCGAUAUCUUACCUGAAGCUAUUCAUACAAUUGAAGAUGCACUUCGCUUUUUUUCUGCUCCAGCAACCCUAGAAGGAUAUAGAGCCUCAUCUGGCAAGGCUGGGCUGGUCAAUGCUAGCAAGUCUGUAAAAAUACAGACUUUAUCAAAGAUAAUGAUAUUGCACUUGAUGCGCUUUAGCUAUGGGACAAGGGGUAGCUCCAAGUUGAACAAACCAAUUCAUUUCCCUUUGGAACUGGUUAUGGGACGUGAUUUGCUUGUUACUCCAUCUACAGAGGGUAGGAAAUUUGAACUCGUGGCGACCAUCACUCACCAUGGCCGAGAACACUCGAAAGGUCACUACACCGCAGACUGUAGAUACUCCAAUGGCCGGUGGCUCCGCUACGACGAUUCUUCGGUCACGUCCAUUGGCAUAAACAAGGUACUCCAUGACCAGGCCUAUGUUCUCUUCUACAAGCAAGUGUGAUAUUUGGCUUUGUUUCCAUGAAAAAUGAAAAUAUCAGAAAUGUUUUUGUCGAUAUCGGUUAUUAUACCAGGAAAUAGGAGGAAGAUUUUCUGAGUAGUGAGUGGUAUGUUCAGUAGGUCACUAUGGCAUGAUUUUACUUGUAAUUAAGGCUUGUUUUUAUUUUUUAUAUAUAUAUAUAU